UAUUUAUUUUUUACAAAAACUCAAGAAACCGGAAUUCAAACUGAAACAGUCUCCAUUAAGCUGGAAUUCUGAAAAAGGAUGUUAUUCGCCGGUGAUUGAAGCUCCAUCCAUGUUCUGAGCUACAGCUACCUACAAAAAAUGUUCCUCCACUUACAGCAAAAUCCACAUUCAGAUGACAGCAUUUCCGAUGACGACGACAAUCGACAUGAUCUCCCUAACGAUGUGCUUUCAUUUCAACACAACUCCACCAACAAGCAACAUGAACUACCUCUUCCCGCACGGUUAGAUUUGUUAAAAGGAAGAUUCUGUAAUCAGAAUUCGUCUUCUUCAUUUCAGAAAUUGCUCCAAGAUGAUGAGGUUGAAAUGCCCGACUUCAAUGAGGGUGACUUCCGGGAUGUAUCAGGAGAGGUGGUUGCUGAUUCAGAUUCAGGUGAAGAAGAUACUGUUUCUGAAGAUGAUGAGGGUAGCACUGUCCUCUCGACCAGACGCCUCCAUAAAUAUGGUCCUCAGUUUAUAAGAAAUGAUAAUGAAGUUAGAGAUACAAAGAGGAAAUCAGAAGCAUUGCUAUGUUUUAAAGAAAGCGCUUCAUGUUCGUCAUACCAUGCUACCUACUCCAAAGCAAAUUCAUCUGGCAUCUGGAGCAAGGCUAAGCCAAGAUUUUCAUUGCAAUCAGUGACACAUAAAUAUGGGCACAUUGGCUCUUCUAUCUCUAAUAUUGAUAGGCUGCCUGAAAUUAUGAAAGCUGUUGAUCCUAGGGCUUCUGCAAGUUUAGCUGAAAAUCAUCUUGAAGAUGAUGACAUAGUGGAAUUAGAUUUAGACACUGAGCCUUCUGAAACCGAAGCUCUUCCACAUGAAUUUAAUCUUCCCCUAAUGGCUGAUAUUUUUGACAACCUCCAAGAUAAAACGGAUCUGUAUCCACAUGAAAAUCAAAGAAAAGGAAAACCAGUGCGGCUUUUUCAGAAGAAUAGUAGAUCCCACUUGCCAGAGACAGUUGUUGACAGUGAAGACUCCCCUGAACCUGUGGAUAGCGGAUCAUCAAGUGACAAUGAGGAAAGCUAUCAACACAUGAAAAUCACUUUCCCAGGAAAGAAAAUGCAGACCAUGGCAGAUAGAUUUCAUGAGGCUUUAGGGUCUUCCUCUGUUAUCGCUGAAAAUGUUGGAGCACUUAAUUCAUUGAGAACUGGAAUAUUUGAAAAACUACAGCAGGUGAUGCAGAAAGAAAAAGAAACAGACAUAGACUUCUCAAAAAAGUUACAAGCUGGAGCUAGGCCAGAUGGUGAAUUUGGCUGUGUUGAUGUAAACAUCAUUUCAAGAUACCUGGAUGGAAAGCUGAUUGUUUGUCAUUGCUCAGUUAGCAAGUCUACCCAGAAUUUUCUCUUACAAGCUAAAGAAAUGGGAUUUGAUGGCAGCAAAGGUGGUCAAAGAACCAUUAUCUUCAAUCCAAGAGUUUGCGACAAUGUUGACCUUGAAGUGGGGAGCUUAAUCCGCAUUCACCCUCCAUGGAAGGAAGUUCAAGUUGGAAAUGAUACUAUUAUCCUGUGUUCUUAUUUCUCCAAAGUUUGAUUCACGCGGAGAGCAGACCUUGAACGUGUAAUGUUCAUUCUUGUUUCUUACAAACCAAGGAAAGUCUUGCAAGCCUCCCUUUGUAGUGAAUAGAAUACCAAAUUGGGGAUAUUCCCACAAAAUAUAAUAAACAAGAACAGAAAAUUAGUGUACAUUCUUUCUUACUUUGACUUAUGAGUUAAGGUCACCUUUGAAUUAAUGUAAGGGAAAUUUUAGGAUUUUUUAUUUUUUUUUUCCCCUUCUUAACAAGUAUCUUAUUGUGACCGUUGUGUAAUAUAAAAAAUCAAUUUAGUAAUUUUUGUUGAGUUUUUCUGCUAUCGAUUGAUUAUUUUUAAUUCAAUUAUUAGCAUAACUAUAAUGGUCACAAU